CAACCUCCUCCGUGCGGUGUUGGAUGUAUCCACCUCACUAAAACUUCACGGAUUAAGCCUCACCAUAGCUCCACAUUUUUCAAAUCUUUCUAAGCAGAAACGAUUUUGCAGAUUAGGCAUUCCUGGUUUGAUGAUCACAUCCCACGAAGUAUUUCUCACAACCAUCUCUAAUCCUUCCUACCACCCACGAAAGACGUACAGCCAGCCAACAAUUCACGAUGGCAACAUUAGCAACCACAGUUCCCAAGAAAGUAGCUCUCAUCAUCAGCAGUACACGCGCCAUCCGCGCCGGACCUGAAGUCGUCUCCUUCAUCCACAAGAUGCUCCUCACCUUACCUGCUACCCCGAAACCAGAAAUUUCUAUCCUCGACGUCGCCUCCUUCAACCUCCCCGUAUUCAACGAGAAGAUCAUGCCUGCCAUGGUGCCCGCGCACGGCAACUUCGAAUACGAACAUUCCAAGAAGUGGUCUGCAGCGAUCGCAGCGUUCGACGGCUACAUCAUCGUCUCUCCCGAAUACAAUUUCGGCCUGCCAGGCGGUGUUAAGAACGCGGUUGAUUAUUUGUAUAAUGAGUGGAUUGGCAAGCCAGUUUUGAUCGUUACGUAUGGGAUCACGGGAGGUAAUGCGAGCAGUGAGAGCUUACAGAAAACGUUGGCGGGUAUGAAGCUAAGGGUUGUGGAGACGAGGCCACAGUUGUCGUAUGCGGGUCCGGGUAUGGGUGACAUGCUUGCUGCUGCUGGGACUGGAAAGUUGGGGCAGAAUACUUUGGAGUUAUGGGGGAAGGAGGGGAAGGAACCUUUGUUGAAGGGAUUUGGGGAGUUGGUUGAGUUGUUAGAGACCCCUGUGCCGGAGCCUGCUAAGAGCGGGUGAAGAUACAUCAGUCGUUUUAGAUCGAUUGGGUGCUUUCGAGCUCUAUCUCAACAGCUCGGCGAAUAAUUAGAUCUGGUUUCUUCG